AUGCCCGCAAAGCCGCCUGUGCCACGCCGCAGUGCCAGUUCCAAUGACCUCUCCCCCACCUCGGUGUGCGACAACAACCUCCGCCUCAGGAAAGAGGACACAGCGACGAGGCUUGCGACCCUCGCGACCCUGCGGCUGAGCGCCACCACCGUGUACGACCCAGCCACAAACGAGCCGCUGCUGCGAGACCUCUGGCGUCUGAGCUUUGGCAAGGACGACUUUCUGGCGUGCUCACCUCGGUGGCGCCUGCUCGGCUUUCAAGGUGACGAUCCAACGACCGAUUUCCGAGGGCCUGGCCUGAUGGGGCUCGAGCACCUCCUCGACCUCGUUAAGUCGGGCAUGGCACCACUCGCGACCACGGGCUUUCCCGUCGCGGUGGCCUCGAUCAACGCGACGGGCGCGUACUUCGACCUCAACCCCAACCUGCGAGCGGGCUCUCGCCGCGUCGCUACACCGCGCACGCAGCAAGACUUGCUCUCUCGCGGCGGGCUCGCGCCGCUGCAGGCGCUGCAGGCGGAACUCGUCCUGCACAUGGCGCGCCUCUGGUCCACGCUGCGGCGGCCGACGCCGAUGGACUUUCCAAGCGUGCUGGAGCGGGCGGCGGCCGACCUGCAUGCGGUGCUCGAUGCGCCGUCGGCGUCCUCGCACGCCUCCUCCGCCAGCGGCGCCGCCGCCGGAUGCGACUCGAGGGUCGACUCCUUCGUCCGCCCGCCCCUCGCGCCGCGGGUGCGCGAAGGCCUCGCUGCCUUGCACGGCACGCGGCCCGAGGCGGCGGGCGACUCUGACGACGAGAUGCCCGACCUGUCGAUGCUGUGCUUGCCGGCAGACAGCCGCGGCUCCCAAGAGGGCCCGACGCCACACGUGGGCGGCCGCACCACACGCCGCCACCCGCGCGCAUAG